AUGGCUGGAAACGUGGGGAUUGCUGUUAACGGGUCGGCCAACAGCGAGGACAAGGAUGUGCAUGGCGACGCGAGCGAGGACGAGCUGCACGAGCGCAUCGCGCGGGCAGUGAAGAAACCGUGCGCGCGUUUCAUACGCGUUAUCCAGCUCACCACCGCCAUAGCCCUCGAGGCUGAGGCGACCGCCGCCAACUACGCUCGAACCAUGACACUCCACAUCGACCCAGACGAUCCCGACACGCCGUCAUCUGCGCAUAUCCUCGCCUCCGCCUAUCCGCACCUCCGCGGACUCCGCCGCCUGGAGCUGGCGAAGUUAGAUUCUUUGCAAUCCCUGCCUGACUCCAUCGGCCUCUUAUCAACCCUCCAUCUGCGCGACAUCAAUGCCGCCUCUCUCCCUGACUCCUCCGCCCACCUCUCCUCUCUCAAACGCCUCCAUCUCUCCCACCUCUCGCACAUGCCCUCGCUCCCUGCCUGCGUUGGAAAGCUGCCAUCGCUGCAAGAAAUGGAAACCAAGUUUUGCGCUCGCUUGACUGCUCUCCCGCCAUCGCUCGCUGCCCUCUCCUCCCUCACUGCUCUCACCAUUCAGCACUGCGAGUCUUUUGCCUCCUUACCGGAGGAUAUCGGUGACGUUCCCCGCCUCGCAUCCCUAGUCCUCGACAACCUCCCCUCCCUUGCCGCAAUUCCGGACUCUCUCGCUCUCCUCUCCUCCCUAACGCACCUUCACGCAGCGCAUUGUCAGGAUCUAGUGUCGCUGCCAGCGUCUUUCGCGGGACUGUCCUCUCUCUCUCGCCUGCAGCUUCUCGAAUGCUCCUUGGAGUUGCUGCCCGAAGAUUUCGGGCAGCUGCCCGCGCUGACGGAGUUGCAUCUGAGCCAAAUUGCGUGCGACCUGCCCGAUUCGUUUGGGCAGCAGUUGCUGAAGCUGAGGCGUCUCACUAUUACUGCUUAUAUCGACCCCUCUCGGCCUUCACCCCAGCCCUCCUCUCCCCACCCCCUCCCAUCCCUCCGCCGCCUCCUCAUCCUCAAAUUCCCCCCUCUCUCCUCCCUCCCUUCCGGUCUCCACCUCCCCUCCCUACUCCACCUAGACAUCCGUGACUGUGUCAAAUUCACCAGCCUCCCUCCCUCUCCCUCGCCCUCGCCCUUCCCACCCACCCUGCAAGUCCUAAUCCUGUCCCACAUGCUAAGGGACACCGGAGACAUGCAGCAGGCCAUCUCUCACCUCUCCUCCCUCCAGCACAAACUCAGAAUUCUAACCCUCCACACCCUCCCCUCACUCUCCCCCCUCCCUCACUCAAUCACAGCCCUCUCUCACCUCCAGCGCCUGCAUCUCAGCUGCAUGGAAUUUUUCAACCUGCCCGAGGACCUCGGGCAGAUGCAAGGGCUGCGUGUACUAACCAUAGACACCGCGCCGAAGCUAUCAACGCUCCCCGCCUCCCUCACCCUCCUCACCUCCCUGCAGCACCUCAUGGUCUCUGACUGUGACACAUUCUCCUCUCUACCAGAAGCAGGAUUCGGCAAUCUUGCCUCUCUCAAUUCUCUCACGCUCAACAACCUGCCGCUGCUGCUCAAGCUGCCUGCGGCUGUCUCACACCUGGCUUCGCUACAGGUGCUGGAAGUGCAGGAGUGCAAAACAUUCAGCGAACCGCCCGAAGGGUUGGGGAGUGCGAGGAGUUUGCGCGAUGUGUAUCUGGAGAGGUACAGCCAGUUGGAGGAUUUGCCGGUGGCGCUGCUAAAGCAGCCAGAGCGGAUUCAGGUGAAUGUGAGAGAUUUAUGA